AUGUUCCUCCAGGGAAUUUUAAGCAACAAAAAGCUACUGACGGCCUGCGCGAUCGCGGCCGUGAUAACGAUCUGCGCCAUCGUGGUACCGAUUGCCGUGGUCAACUCGUACGAUGAUGCGCCAAGCGCAAUGGUAACGUCAACGACCAUGGCGCCGUUUAUCGGCCGAGACGUGUUAGAUGAAGUUCCCCUGAUCGAUGGGCACAACGAUCUACCCUUCGCGGUCUAUCUGAUGGAGAAGAAUGUAAUCAAAAAUUUCCACCUCGACACGAACCUCAAAACGGACCCCCUGUGGAUGACUUCCGACCGGAGUCACACCGAUCUGCCGCGGAUGCGCCAGGGAAUGGUGGGCGCCCAGUUCUGGGUCGCUUACGUGCGCUGCGUCGACACGCAGUACCUGGACUCGGUGGCGCGGACCUUGGAGCAGAUUGACGUCACCAAGCGCAUCAUCCGCCGGUAUCCGGCCGAUCUGAUUUACGUCGAUUCGGCCGACGGUAUAAUGGAAGCGUUUCAGGAGAAGAAAAUUGGCUCGCUCAUUGCGGUCGAAGGUGGCCACUCGAUCGAUUCGCGGCUGGCCGUGCUCCGGUUGUACUACGAGCUGGGCGUCCGUUACCUAACCCUAACGCACUCGUGCAACACCCCGUGGGCCGAUGCGUCGCCGGUGGAUGAGGUCGAGCAGGGCAGCCCUCCGCCACAGCUAAACAAUCUCUCCGCCUGGGGCCGCAAUGUCAUCUGGGAGAUGAACCGGUUGGGUAUGAUGGUGGACAUAUCGCACGUUAGCUACGGGGUGAUGCGUGACGUUCUGGAGCACAGUCGGGCGCCGGUCAUUUUCAGCCACUCGUCGGCCCACGCCGUGCACGGGCACCACCGGAACGUUCAGGACGAUAUCUUGCAGCAGCUGGCCGCAAAGGGUGGCCUCGUGAUGGUCAACUUCUAUCCGCUGUUUGUCGGUGGCAACACCAUCGACGACGUUAUCAAACAUCUCAACCAUAUCAGAUCGCUCAUCGGAGUGGACCACAUCGGAAUUGGUGGCGAUUACAAUGGGGUGACGGACACACCGGAGGGCCUCGAGGAUGUCUCUAAGUAUCCGGAUUUGUUCGAUCUGCUGGCGGAAGGCUCGUUCCGAGCGGGGGGCACCUUCGAGCGCUGGACUCGCGAUGAGCUGAAGAAGCUGGCCGGUUUGAACUUGAUUCGGGUUUUCCACGCGGUCGAGCAGGUCCGCGAUAGCCUAACCGGUGAGGACCCGUACGAGGAUCUUAUACCGUUCGAGGAGUACGAGCGAGCGGGUGUGGCCGUGCAGCCGUGUAUGACCGAUAUCAACAUCCACAGGAGCUGA